CCGAGAAGCCGCCGCGGCUCUCAUUGGACCCUUGCCGGCGGCCGUUGUCGCGUGGUCUCCAUGGUGACGGCGAGGCGGUGCUGGAGCCGCGCGGCGGGGAGAGGGGUGCGCUGAUGAACAAGCGGGGCGACACAUGCCGGCCCGGCCCGCUCGUGACGCGCUCUCGAGGGGCCGGGGGGCGCACGUGACUGGGCGCGGGCCGGGCAGCGCGCGCGCGCGGGGACGCGUCGUGGGGGCCGUGGGCAGCGCGGCCAGAGUGGCGGCCGCGGGCGCGGCGGGACCCCAGCUCUUGUCUCCGCCAGGCCCCGAUGAGCCCCCGGGCGCCGCCGCCACCGCCGCGCAGGACCCCGCGCCAUGACGGCGCUGCCCCCCGCGCCCACGCGGCCCCCGGACCCGCCGCUGCCCCUGCCGCUGCCCGCCCUGGUGCUGCUGGCCGUGGCCGCCUACCUGCUGGGGCUGCUGCUGCUCCUCGCCCUGCGCCAGGGGCUGCUGGCGCGGGGCGGCUGCGCCGAGCGCUGCGGGUGCGAGGGCGCGGGCCUGGGGGCGCCCCCCGCGUGCUGCGCCGCGCCCCUGCCCUCGCCCUUCGCCUGCCUGGACGCCUGCUGCCCCCGGCCGCACGGCUGGGAGCUGGGCCCCUGCCCCCCCCUGCCACGCUGCUGCCCCCUGUGCGACUGCGCCUGCGCCUGCCAGCCCCCCGACUGCCAGAGCGUCAACUGCAUCUGCUUCGAGGUCAAGCUCCGGUGAGGCGGCGCGGGGCCCCUCCGCCCCUCACUUGAGGGGGGGCGGUGUCUUGGGGAGCCCCCCCUCUCUACCCUGGUGCCUUCCCUGUUUUUUUAUGUAACUUGGAUUAUUUUUACACAAUAAAGUGGUUGGUCACA